AUGGCUUUCGAAGGAGCGGCUCUCAUGGCGUUUACAUUUUUACCAGCUGGAGAUGAAUAUUUGUGGUCGUUUCUAUGGAUAAUGGUGCCUCUCCAUGUCUCUUACUUAGUCUCAAUGUCAGUUGUAUCUCCAGAUGCAGUGUGGUACUUAACGUUCAGUAUUAGCUGGCUUAUAUUUGUUGUUAUUGUUUACAUAAUUGUGUCUUUCUUGCAAUGGAAGCGGUAUAAGAAGAAGAUACCUGAACCAAGAAGCGAGUUGAUUCUUGAAGGCUUGACGACUUUGAAUCAAGCAAAAGGAGUGUAG